AUGUAGCCUCAUUGCCAUUUUUUGCCCACUCAGUUACUGUGUGAACGACCGUGCAGUACUAAAAUCACAGGGCUUUACAGAAACAAAUAAAUAAAAAGGUUUCCCUUCGCUGUUUCUUCUUCUCUUCAGCAUAUUUAGGUUUCCUUCUCAGUAUGGAGUUCCCGGUGGAUAUAUUGGCCAAUGUGGAUCCUGGAUCCCUGGAGCAGACAGCGAAAAGCUACAUGUCUAAACUUCUGUACAGAAAUUCAGAAAUUCAUGAGUACCUCAACAUACCUGGAUCUAAGAAAGUAGAGAUUGGCCUCUGUAAUGUGAGUUUUGUUCCCCUUUAUGGAAUUGACCUUAAACAAAAGAUCCUUGCACUAUUUUCACCUGAAGAAACUCUUAAAGCUGUUGGACUCUACCUACUGGAUCAGUGGUGGUCAGCUGAAGAUAUUCUUAAAACAGCAGACUCCUCACGAACAGGACUGAUCAAGGUAAGGACCCCUGGAGAGAGGAUAGUUCUGUAUGUCCUUAACAGAAUUAUAUACAGAACAAAAGAGAUGGUCGGGGACGAUGUGCCUUUUCCUUGUCAUGGAGAAGAUGAAAUUGCCAAAAUCCUCUGGAAAAAUGGCGAAGCCAUUGGCUUUUAUUCAGUCAAACCUGAAGGGAGCUUGUGCAAAACAUUCUUGACCCAUCGUUAUCAGAUUCCUGUCAUGGAUACCAUAUUCAUCCGGAAAGAUUACCGUGGACAUGGACAUGGUCUACAAAUACUGGAGGACUUUAUUGUCAGCUUCAGACAAGAAAUCAUGGGUUUGUCAUAUCCACUUUCACCAGCAAUGUUCAAAGUUUGCAAAAAAUACAUGAGUCUUUAUCCAGAUGACACAGAGCUGCUGUGGGAAAUAGUGGGUGUUGGCAGCCCUUUUCAGAGAAUCCAAAUAGCCAGAAAAUUACAAGCAAUGGACCUAAAAGAAAAUCACCAAGUUGAGGGAGAAUUGAAUUUUGAAGAUACAGAAGAUAGUGAUAUCCCAAAGGAAGUUGGGAUGACACAAGUACGGGAGACAAUGGAGUUCAUGGAGGUUGAGGAGGUUGUCAAGAUUAAAAUAACAAAAGAAUUACAGGACACACCAGUUAUAACACUUGGCAGAAACAGCAAUCUGAAGCGUAAAAAACUUGAAGCAAACACAGAAGAGACAAAUGAAAAAAUCAUCAGGGUAGAAGACACAGAGUAUGAUGUACAGUGUGCAGAAAAUGACCCAGUGCAGGAGGAUGGCAAAAUUUCUUUGAAUUUAAAAGAGUCUGAACUCAAGGACACAAUGGAGACAGUGACACAUGAUUCUGCCUACCCCAAAAAAGAUAAUACUCGUCUUCACUGUGAAGGGCAAAACAAACUGAUCCCUGAAACUACCCAAAUGUCAGAAACAGAAAACAAACAAGUGCCUGAAAUGACUCCGGCUAUGGAAAUCCAAAGCCUAAAGUGGAGUGAUCUCCAACCUAUAGAAUGUCAGCAGGUAGUAGAGGUGGAGAUUGUUAAUAUGUCAUUAGAAACUGACGAGUUAAAAGAAAAAGCUGAAGAGGUAAACGAAAGUAAAAAUGACAUUGAUAAAGAGAUACUAUUACAUGGGAGAGAAACCUCUGAAGGAAUAGUAGAAGUCAAAAAAGAUCAAACAGAUAUGGCAGAAAUGAUCAACAAUGAAGAUAUAAAAGAUGAAGUAGAGAUGGUGAAAAGAUCAGUGGGUAAAAACAUUGUUGAUGACCGAGAAGAAAUAGAGAAUGAUAUAGCUGGCACACUGGAGGUGACUUUUUUAGGAAAAAAGCAAACUCAGCAGGUGAAAGAAAAGGACAUAGUUGAAGAGACUGGCUUAGAGAGCUUACAUGAAAGAGAGCAGGUAAUUGAAGACCAAGACCCGAGUCCUAAUAAUAAGGAGGAGAAUGUCACCACGAUGAUUCAACAAGAGGAAAACGUAAACAUGGCUUUCAGUUUAGGCUCAAAAUGGAAACAUGGUGACAAACGUAGAUCGAACUACGAAACUCCAUCGAAGCCCACUAGAAGGCUCAAAGAUCAGACUGCAGAAAGUGAACUGACAAAAAGCGUCCUCCGAAGUUCUUCUAAGAAAACAUUUAUAGCCUCUUCCAAACAAAUAUGUACUAGACAAUCCAAAUCAAUAAAGCAACCAGAGUUACUCAAACAUAUAGAAGAGCCUAAGUUAAUAGGAUUAAAGCAGACAGAAUCUCAGUCAGAAAAAGAGCAAAUAGAAAAUCUGACUGCAGAGGACGAACCUAACAAAAUUCAAAAUGAGAAUUGUUAUGGAGACGUUAUGGAGACACACACUGACACUGCUGUAGAAGAGGAAAUUGAGUCAGUACGCAUCACCACUGAAAAAGCACAAUGGCAGUGUGCUGCAGAAACUGUUGAAGAGCAGGAGGAGGAACCAGGCUCAGAAACAGGACUAACAGAGGAUAACUCAGAAUGGGAAGAGAAUGAGGCAACCACUGUAACUCCAUUAAGACGCUCUAGAAAGCUCAAAGAUCAGGCUGCAGGGAGGGAUCUGACUAAAAAUGUUCUCAGGAGAUCAGUACAACUGAAAAACCAAGCCACUCCACAACAAAGACAAAUUAAAGCCAUGAUACAUUUAGAGGAUCCUAAACAACAAAUUGAGUCUAAGAAUAAUGAGAUGAACAUUAUUUUAGGGUCUGAGGUUGCAGUAGGAGAGCACAUGGAGUCAGAAACUGUACAUGUGUUUGCUGAAAAUGAUCCAAAAAAUAGGAUUUCAGUUGUACAGAACACCUGUGUAGAGGGAAUAAGUUUGGAUAAGGUUUAUAUAGAAGCUGAAGAACAUGAGAACCCAAGGAAGUCCACUGGAAAUGAUGUUGAGGAAAAUAAAAGGAAAGAAAAUUUUACAGAACAAGACAAGAUUGCACCUGAGGAUAUAAAACAUGGAGAAACUGAACAAAUGUACACAUCUGAAUGUGUGAAAGAAGAUGAAGACACAAUACAAGAAGAUAGUGCAACUACAGAAAUGGCACAUAGAGAGGAUUUAAUGGAAACCACAUCAACUUUGACACUGCAAGAAGCUUCUGCUGUGUUUGUGGAUGUCAUAAAUGUUCACCCCAAUCUAACAGGUGAGUUUUGUUCUACUUCUGCAGCUUCUCAGGAGAAGAGGAGCAACAAGCUUGAACUGAGGAAACAUGCAGUGGAUAUUCCUGAAGAGGUAAAGGAAGAAUUACAGACUGAAGCUGUAGAGGUAGAGAACAUAGAGAAGUUAAAUCCCACUGAAGACAAUCUCUCACAUAUAAAUCCAGCUGCAAAGGACACAGAUGUGGAUGAGAGCAGGGUAGUGAACAGCAUAAUUGAAGAUGAGGCAAGUAAGCUUAAUGAGAAAUACAGUGAUGAAUGUAAGAUGGGUGAGGAAUCCAAAACAGAAAAGUCCACUCUGCAAAAUCCAAGUUUAACACAAGAAUCAGAUCACAAUGAAUGUUUAGAGACAGCUACACAUGUCCAGUGCAUCUUGCAUCAUCAUAAUUCUGAACAGGAUGAUGAACUGGCCACAGAUUUGGCACCAGAAGAAGUCAGGGAGAAGGGAGUUGAGUCCACUUCUAUGUUUACACUACAUCAAUCUGACUUGCAUAUGGAUUUCCAAAGGCAAUCAAGUGAAAAUGAAACAGAUGGAAAUGAAACAACACAGUCACAGAAAGGAGAAAUGCUAAUCAAGGAUAAUGCUGCAAAUGAAGAUAAGGUAUUGGUUGAGAUUAAUGUAACAGAACCUGUAACAGAAAGAAAAGAUGAAGAAGGAGCCAAAGAAGCAGCAGCAAUGGAACUGGGUAUGGAUAACACACUCAUUACAAACAAUGCACAAGAUGGGAAUAUUCUUGCAGAAGAAGAUGUGAAAGGUCAUUUGAAAGAAACACAAGACACUACCUUAAAAGGUAAAUAUGCUUCAGCAGAGCUGGCUUCAAAAAAACCUCUGGUAGAAAUAACAACAUCUGUUCAAGGUGACAGUGUCCAGGAAAGCAGAAAUCUCAGACCUAGUAGUGUCAUAGUAAAGUCUAUAUAUUUCCAAAAUGUACACAAAGAAACAAAAGUAAAUAAAAACACAGAAGAGGAGAUAGAUGAAGAAGAUGAAACUGUAUUCAUAAGACACCUCAGGGGAAGAACAGUAACAGUAACACCAAGAAGAAGAUCUAAACGUAUCUCACAGACAAAUGUUGUAGAGCUGGAGAUGGACGGACAUGUGACAAAAUUUUGUCAUGAAAUAGUAGCGGUGCAAAGCACUGAAGAAUCCAGGACUGCUGUUUUGGAGAUACAUGAGAUUAAUUCAAAAUACGACAAUAAGGAAAUACCAGCUGUCUCUGAAGCAGAAAGAAAAGACCAGCAGCAAGAAAAAGAUAAACCUGGAAAUGAUGUAGAUAAAAUGGAGAAGGUGACUGAUGGAAGAAAAGAUGUGGUAGAAGAAACUGUUGGUCAUAAGGAGGUAGAAACAAAAGAAGGGAAAAUUCUAGUAGAAGUUGACCUGGCAGAUGAGAAUCAGGAGAAAGAAGUAAGAAAUGCACAUUCUAAACAGGAAAGUGACCAACAAGAUAAUGCUCUGGAGGAAAUGUUGCUUGAGAAAACAUUUGAAAAAGAACGUAGUAAAAGAGUAAAAGAAAAAUGCUUUGAAGAAGCAAAAUAUAGCACUAUAAAUACAUUGAUUACCGAAGCUGUUCAUGAUCAUUCAGAAGAUGCCGAAGGUGUUGAAAUAAAGGCCUUAAGAAAACGAACAAUAACAAUCAAACCUGCCUCUUUCAGGAAAUCCAAACAAUUCUGCAGACAAGAUCAAGGUAAAAAUGAUGGUCAAACACACGUGUGGGCAAAUAAUCAACAUUCUGCAACUGUAGAUGCAACAGAAAUGGAGGUGGCUGAUGUGAGGUCACAAGAAGAAAAUAAAACCAAUGAUCAAGGAAAAGCUGAAGAAAUAAAGGAUACCAAUACUGUAGGUGAGGAAAUCUCCCAUAAAGAUGAGGACCAGGGGAACACAAGAGAGGAAGAAACUUCUAGAAAUGCAAAUAACAGCCAAGAUAUCACAGUGACAGAAGAUAAGUCAAAGUUUCUAAAUGUGUCAGAAGAGGUUACGCAUACCAAGGUAGUGGAACAAGAAUUGGACAAAGUUAAAGAGAAAAGGGAAAAACAUUCAGCAAUGGAGGAUAUAAUGGAGUCGGUAAACAAUGCAGGCAAAGCUGAUAAAGUGGCUGGAAAACCCCAAGAUGUCAAAGAUUCUCAAGAGGAACAAGAGCAAAGUGAGGAGAAUGCCAAGGAAAUAACUGAAUCUUGGGUAACUCUACAUGAAACAUUCACCUUGGAGCUGGAUAAAGAGAUUGACAGUAAUAACACAGAAUGUAACCAAGUUAUUGAGGAGACCAAAGCUUCAGGUCAGGAAAGUGAAAAAGAAAUCACAUAUACAGAAGAAGAGUAUGGAGUGAUGACAAAAAGGUUCCUUCGGGGGAGGAAAUCAGCAGCAGCUUCACCUGCAGAAGGACCAGCAUGUACAAGAAGAGAAUUGAUGCUAGAUUUUCAGAGUGAAAUGGAAGAUAAGUCAGGGGCAGAGGAGGUAAAAGAGGUGAUUUCAGGAAAAAAGGAAAAGAAACCUCAACAGAAAAGAACAGCCGUAGAUGAGCUAACACCUCGUAGAUCAAAACGGCUUGCAAGAGCAGAAAUUAUGUAAUUUAAGGAGGAAAAAACAUUUUUAGCAACAUGGCUCUAAUAAAAUAAAAUAACAUUAUUUUUUUAAUGCAACUUAAGUUGAAAAUACAAAUUUAAUAUUCAAAAUAUAGUCUAUACUUUUAUUACAUUUUGUUGCUUUAACUUUUUUUUCUGCUUCCUCUAUUAAUGAACGUUACUUUAAUUACUGUUAUUCACAGACUUUUACUGUUUUCACUUUAUGUACUCUGUACUAUGUAUCACUAUAUAGCUAUGUUUUUCUUUAUCUUGUCACAAAUGUGGAAGUACUGACUUUAUAUAUUUGUGCUUAUGGAUAAUAUUCAAUUCCACAGUGUAAUGUUUAAUUUUUUUAUUUCGGUAUUGUGUAAGAACAUUUUGUAAGUAAAUAGUUUUGAAUUGUUUUAAAAAUGUCUAUUUUAGCUCUUCUAUAGUUAUAGUACAGAUCUGGGCAAAUCUGUACCUGUAAUGUAAUACUUUAAUGAAAUAUUAAAACAUAAGGAUUAGAAAUGUUCUCUCAUAUGUGAAGUACAUUGCAGGUAAAUAGUGUAGAGAAGGGGUAUUCAAAUAAAAUUCAAAGAGGUCCAGUUACUAAAAUUUCCUCCCAGCAAA